GGCGAGGGCGAGUCCGACCUGCUGACGAUCCUCUCGGACGCGUCGUCGCCCCAGUUCUGCCGCUAUAUCUCCGGCUCCUCGUCGACGGCCGUCCCUUCUGCCGGCACGUGCGGCUGGCUCGACGGGCGCGUGAUCGACCAGGAGCAGUGCCAGGCGGAGUUCUGCGCGAGCGGCGCCGAAGGCUACCUCACGUUCAUCGAGGAGCUCGUCGCCUGGAUGCAGCGCAACGCGCUGCCGUUCGGUGCCGCUCUCUCGGUCAUCGUCCUCGUGCAGUGCGUCGCGCUGGCAAACGCGUGGCAGCUUCGGAGGCGCUUCCAGCAGGAGGGGCGGGAGCUCCGCGCGCGGAAGCGCCGCAAGCAGCGCCGCGACGACCGCCGCCACGACGACGAGAUCCGCCGCCGCCGCCGCCGCGAGGCCGAGCGCCUCCGCCGCGAGGAAGGCCGCGCCUACGAGCGCACCGCAUCGCCCGUGCAGGCGGCGCCGGACUCGGACUCGACUCGGGCUCCAACUCGGACUCCGACUCGGACUCCAACUCGAACUCCGACUCGGACUCCGACUCGGACUUCGACUCGGAGCCGCGCCGCGGGAGGAGAGUACGUGUCGCCAGGAGUCGCGCGUGCACGCGAGGCCCGUGGGGACAAAGUUGCGAUGGCAGUCUGAGGGGAGCGCACAAGCGGAGAGGGUGGCCAGGGCGCAGGUUCUUUGCGCUCUGGGCAAGCGCACGGCUUUCGCGUCCUUGGGCACUUUGAGUCGCCCGUCGUUACGUUGGCGCGCCCGUUACGUUGGCGCGAGAGUGCUAGCGGGGUACUUUUGUACGUUUCUUUUGUCCUUUGUAGUGCCAGUGGCCCGUACCCGGUGGCCGGUGUGUCGUGCGACUGAGUUUUGUUGUAAAAUUCUUUUGCUCUC